AUGAGAAACAAUGUAACUGAAUUCAUUCUUCUUGGACUGACUCAGGACCCAGAAAGGCAGAAAAUUGUGUUUGUCAUUUUCUUGGUGUUCUACACUGCCACUGUAGUGGGAAACCUACUCAUUGUUGUGACAAUCAAGACCAGUUCAACACUUGGGUCUCCCAUGUACUUCUUCCUUAACUAUUUAUCCAUCGCAGAUUCUUGUUUCUCUACCACCACAGCUCCCAAACUGAUUUUGGACAACCUCUCCCACAAGAACACUAUUUCCUUUGAUGAGUGCAUGACCCAGCUCUUUGCUAUGCAUUUCUUUGGUUGCAUGGAAAUACUAGUACUUGUUUUGAUGGCCUAUGACCGCUAUGUGGCCAUCUGUAAGCCUUUGCACUAUUCAGUCAUCAUGAACCGAAGGGUGUGCGGGAUCCUCAUUCUGCUGGCCUGGGUAGGGUCAUUUCUGCAUUCGAUUGCCCAGAUAAUCCUCAUCUUGAAUGUGCCUUUCUGUGGUCCCAAUGUGAUUGACCACUAUUUCUGUGAUUUACAACCUUUGUUGAGGCUGGGUUGUAUGGACACAUAUGUACUAAAUCUCUUGGUAGUUUCUAAUAGUGGGGCCAUAUGCUCAGCCAGCUUUGUUUUGCUAAUGAUAUCCUAUACAAUUAUCCUAUGCUCCCUAAAAAAUCAUAGUGCAGAAGGGAAGUGGAAAGCCCUCUCCACCUGCAGCUCCCACAUCAUUGUUGUCAUCAUAUUCUUUGGUCCCUGCAUAUUUAUGUACACUAGGCCACCAACCACUUUCCCCCUGGAUAAGUUGGUGUCUGUAUUUUAUACCAUUAUCACACCCUUUCUCAAUCCUUUGAUCUAUACUCUAAGGAAUGCAGAA